AUGGUAGGAAGCAUCAACUGUAUGCACUGGGAGUGGAAGAAUUGCCCUACCGCGUGGAAAGGGCAAUAUUCACGUGGUUCAGACAAACCCACAAUCGUUUUAGAGGCUGUAGCAUUAUAUGACCUGUGGAUAUGGCAUGCGUUUUUUGGACCUCCAGGUACCUUAAACGAUAUAAAUGUCCUUGAUCGCUCACCCGUGUUUGAUGAUAUAAUUCAGGGAAAAGCUCCACAAGUGAAUUUUUCUGUCAACGGAAGGGAGUAUGAUUUGGCAUACUAUCUGACAGAUGGUAUUUAUCCGAAAUGGGCGACAUUUAUCCAAUCUAUUCCAAUACCACAAGACCCGAAAGCAUGUUUAUUUGCAAAAAAACAGGAAGCUGCUCGAAAAGAUGUCGAACGUGCUUUUGGUGUCUUGCAAUCCCGGUUUGCCAUUAUCAAAAAUCCAGCUCUGUUUUGGGAUAAGACAAAAAUAGGAAAGAUUAUGAGAGCUUGUAUCAUACUCCACAAUAUGAUCGUAGAAGAUGAAAGAGAUGGAUACGCACUCUCAAAUGUUUCAGAAUUGCAGCACGGAGAAGGAAGCGGAAGUGCAACUGUAGAUCUCGCAUAUGAAACAGAUACUUCAAAUCUUGAGAAUAGUAUGUUUGCUAGAACAAAACUUCGUGAUAGACGACAACAUGAGAAACUGAAAUCCGAUUUAAUGGAGAAUAUCUGGCAAAAAUUUGGACAUUACUAA